AUGCGGGAGUUUCCUGUAUCGCUUGUACGAUCGUUGGUUUUUGAGCAAUUGACAAUAUCGAUGUGUGAUGCUGGGGUAUGGGGAAUAUUUGUACAUAUGUUUGAUUAUGUCAACGACAUGAUUGAGAAAUCUACAAACAAGGACGAGAUGAUCAAGGUGUUUCGAGAAUAUGGAAUUGUGAACCAACUCAACACUGUUCUUUCAUGUAGAGAUAUGGAUUUGUGUGACUAUGAUGGUACUGUAAAACUAAUCAAAACACUUGCUGAUUUUGCCGACAAUCAUCCCGACAGUUCAAUACGUACCGAGUUGGAGCAAGGCGGGAUAUUUGAAAGUCUAAUGGCUAUUGUACAAUCGGAUACUGACUGCAAUGGAAAAAGGGUUGCUGGCCAGAUCAUUGAAACGUGCUUUCAGCAUCGGGUUCAUGUUGCUAAUUCGAGCAUUCAGCCAUACGACAACAAUGCCGAAAUUGAUAUGAAAUCUGGAAUGGCCGGAUAUGUACAUGGAGAUGCACGCACACUUGUCGAGAUGCGGUAUAUCCAGUAUAUGCAAUAUACGCCCAUCACUGACAGCAGUUCCAAGUUUAUAUCACGCAAGUUCCAAUGUCUUCCGAGUGAAUUCUGUGUCGAACAGGAUGGCAGUGUGACCAUCAACUCAUACAUCAACAAUCUGAAUCCGAUAUGGCAUCGAGACAUGUACAAAUGCAUUGCCAAAAUAUUCAAAUGUUUUGUCCCGAUGUUUGAAAGUCUGUUCAGAACGAUGGAUCCAAUGUUCAAAUAUAUUGAUAUUCACAAUGGCACAAAGGGAUAUGAACCAUCAAGCCAAUCAAGUCGUGGUGGUAUGGAACCAUACACUCGAGUCAUUCGUCCCGUGUAUGUACCAACACUUCCGAAACAUUUCAAAUCCAAAUAUGAAUCAGCAAAGCCAGUGUCACUGCGUGGUCGUAAUCUACAAGUCAUUGUCAAACUCACCAACAUUCAACUGACACCAUCCAAACCUAAAUACGACGAGGGAAACUGGCACAUUGAAGGUCCAAUUAACGAAUCGAUUGUUGCAACUGGACUGUAUUACUACGACGUGGAAAAUAUCACCACACCCGAACUCGAUUUCCGCGAGGCUGUUGAUCGGGUUGAUCGUCAAAAAGCAUCUGAUAUGUAUUGGAAAGAUGUGUAUGGCAUUAUUGAUCUAGAAUCACCACGCAGUCAGUAUAUAGGAUCGCUUGAAGUAUCAAAUGGUCGAUGUGUAGUUUAUCCCAAUCGAUACCAACACAAAGAACAAUCAUUUGAACUUGCAGAUCCAACUCAACCAGGACACUGCAAGAUUCUGACAUUUUUUGUAGUGAAUCCAUCUCGUCGGAUUGUUUCGACUGCGCAUGUGGCUCCACAACAACCACAAUGGUACAACUCGAGUCUUGACAAGACACACAUACUGCCUGAACUGUGGAAUGAUAUCACGCAGUAUAUUCAAGGUGUUCAAUCACCAGCUGAAGCCAAACACUAUCGAGAUGAAUUGACAAGCGACCAAACUCGAAUCACAGCAGCAUACAAGGACAUAUAUGAGCGAGUGUAUAAUCUUGGUUUAUUGUGA